AUGACCAAGACUGAAGAAGUGCCGGACAGCCAUACGUCUGGGGAAUUUUAUGAGAAAUAUGAGCCAAAGGAAAUCCUGGGGAGGUAAUGAAAUAAAAUGAAAUAUAUGGGACUAAUCUUGCUGGUUAAUACGCUGCAUGUCCCUCAGAACCAGAAUAUGGAUGUCAAAUCAACCAGCUGUGGCAAUUGGAAAGCUUUUGCCAGGACAAUAUAACACACACACACACACAGCACAAGAGUCCUAUUUCUAGCAACUGUAGUUCUCAAGUAUACUGCUAUUGGACAUGGAGGUUCCAUCCAGCUACCAUGGCCUAUAGCUGUUGAUGCACUAUAUUAUCUUUCAUAGCAUGGGGUGGAGGGCUUGAUCUGGCUGAUGGGCCCAAUCCUGAGUUCCCCCAUUCCUGGGCCAGCCACUUUGACAGGUGCAGGGGACUCCUAUUGAUCCUGCCAAUCACCUUUUUUUGGACCGGUUGGCAAUUUGAGAAAGUGCCAGUAACAAAAUGGCUGCCUGUGGCGGGGCAUAAUGCAAAAUGGCUGCCAUGGGAGUGUGUGCCAUAACACAAAAUGGCAGCUGGGGGCAGGGGUUAUAGCACAACAUGGCUGCUUUGGAGGGUAUGGCAUAAUACAAAAAGGUUCAAAAUCCCCACUUGAAAGUGGAUGGCCUUGGGGGCCAGUCACUGUCUCUCAGCCUAGCCUACCUCCCAUGGUUGUCAUUGAGUUCCUUGAAGGAAAAGGAGGACACAAAUGUAGUAAUAUUAGGAUUGAUUUUUUCAUUGCAUUUUCUCCAAGGAGAUGGCAUAGCACAUAGUUCUCCCCCUCCCCUCCUGAAUUAGUCCCCACAACAACCCUGUGAGGUGGGCUAGGCCGGGAGGGGCAGUGGAUGGCCCCCAUGGGCAUCCAGUGAGCUUCUUGGUUGAGGAUGGAGUGGGAUUUGAACCCUGUUUUCUCAGAUUUUAGUUUGACACUCUAACAACUACACCACACUGGCCCUAGUAUCUAUAUAUUUGUAGAUAGAGUGUAGAUAUAGGGUUUAAUUCUUGCCUUAAACAUCUUUUGUCUGCUCUGCCCUUCCAGAGGAGUGAGCAGCGUUGUCCGGCGCUGCAUUCAUAAAGUUACAAGAGAAGAAUAUGCAGUGAAAAUCAUAGAUAUCACAGCUGGGAAUCUGUCUCCAGAAGAAGUCAAGGAGUUGAGGGACGCCACUCUGAAAGAAAUUGACAUACUCCAGAAGGUGUCUGGACACCCAAACGUUAGUAAGUCAGGCUUUGGUUCCAGAAAGUUCUGACGGAACAACAACUAUGAAUUGGGGGGUGGAGGCAAAAAAUGGAGUCUGCUGGCUGUUAUUUUCACUGAAGUGAAGGACCUAGACCUCGAGAUCAUGCCUGUGGAUUUGCUUUGUCUUUAUCAUUCUGAACCCUGCGUCCCGCCAUUUCUCAGGAUAAAUGUGCUGCUGUUUCAAAUGCUCUGGGUAAGAACAUAAGGAGAGCCUGGCUGCUGGAUCAGGCCAGAGGGACCCAUUUGGCCCAGCGUUCUGUUCUCACAGUGGCCAGCCCAUUUUGGGAAGCCCACAAGCUGGGUUUGAGGAAUGGAAGAAAGAACUCUCACAGAAAUCCUUCUCCAUCUCCUCAAACAUAAAUGCGACAAAAACUCCGGCACCCCACCCAUUUCCCUGAAAUGUCAUCUUCUUCCCUUUUUCCAAUUUUAAGAAGAACCCACACCUCAUUGACAUGCAAGAAUAACAAAUAAAAUAAAAACAAUGCAACUUAAGUAAAAUCAAACAUAUGUGCAAAAUGUUUCGAUGAGAAUAGAAAUUGCAUUUGGAAAAUUAUGAAUUGAUGGGUGUGAGGAACGAUGGGGGGAAAUCUGGUCUGGGAUCUUGUUAUAAACACCUGUGCGGCAGCGUCUCGAUUCCUUGUGUGACAUUUGCAGUGCCGAGAGAGUAAAAUUUCCAUGCCACAAAAAAAACCCUCCUCGUUCUGCUUUCCUUGGUCAUUCGCAAUGGUGGACACGGUUUUCCUCCUUGUAAUAGAUGGUGUUCUCAUUUGACACCCCCCUGCUUUAAAUCCAGCCCCUGCGAGAUCCCCACAUGGCCCCAGCUAUCAUAUUUUCGAUGUGCUGAUGAAUCAGCAUUACCGUAACACACAGGCUAUAACUUAAGGAGGACCAGGCACUCCCAGGAAAAGGCUUCCCUCUUCUUGCUAUCCGCUCUUUGCCUCAUGGCAUUUGUAAAGAGGUGCCUAAUGUGUUUCUGGGACCCAUUUGUAAUUCCAGAGCUGAUUCCAAGGAGUUUUGACAGCAAGGGGUUGACAGCCUCUGCCUUGGAAGAUUUCCUAGACAUGUUCACAGUGGAUCAGCCAAGCAGAGGAUCGGUUGGUUCCAGGGCCAGAACCACCUAGAGGCAGAGAGAUCAGGGGUAGCUUUUCAUUAGUAUGAAAUGGCAGCAAUUUCUCAGUUACUGCAUCUGCUUUGCAUGCAGAAGGCAGCAGUUUCAAUCCCUGGCGGCAAUUCCAGGUAGGGAUAAGAAUGACCCACACAUUGUAGAUAUUGCAGAGCUAGGUAGACCAAUAGCCCGAGUGAAUAUAAGACUGUUUCUAUCUUCUUAUUCAAAUCAGAACAAUGAGGACUAGAAUCAUGCUUUAUUCUUUGGGAAAGGGCCGUAGUUCAGUGGCAGAGCAUCCGCUCUGCAUGCAGAAGAUCCUGGGUUCAAUCCUUGACAGCAUCUCCAGGUAGGGCUUGAAAAGACUCAAUUUAUGAAACCCUGGAAUGCCACAGACAGUCAGUGUUGACAUUACUCACCUAGGUCAAUAGUCUGCAAGAGAUAUAUGGCAGCUUCCUAUAUUCCUGUGCCCCAAAAAAGUGCAUUGGGGGUUGGGGGACAGCACCACAGCAUGAAUCACAUGAGGUCAAGGCAACCAAAAUGGCCGCUGGGUUUGUGUGAUGGAAAACAGGAAGAUGGCGUGCUGGAUUUUGGCUUCAAAGUGUUGGAGGGUAUGCUAACGUCCUUGAGCUAUGGGGCCUACCAUUAAGUAGCCAGCAAACCUUCUGUAUGUCAUACGACCUGUCCUUGCCCCUGGCCCCCAGUCUCCCUCUGCCACCACUAGCUUGUUGGCCUCAGGUGUGGCGGAGACAUCCACCCAUAGCUGUCAACUUUUCACUUUUUUAAAAGGAAAUUCCCUUAUUCUGAAUAGGAUUCCUCGCAAGAGAAGGGAAAAGUUUACAGCUAUGCAUCCAUCCCAUUGCCAGUGUUAAAAUAAGUUUUAACUGCCAGUCCAGUCAGCUUCUGUACAUGAAACAACCUUGCCUUUUGCCUCAGGCAGCCCAAAUGUCCCAGACUGACUUUGCUGAGUCACCCUGCCUGAGUCACGCCAUCCACGAAGGAUUUUAAAACAAACAUACAUUUCAACAUUUUACAGGCAUCACAGUGGAAUUUAUCUAUUGCUUUCCUUAUAUGAUCACAUCUCUCCCAAUGUGCUAUUUAUGCACCAUUUUAAUUUAAUUUAAAUUAUUUCAUACCUGCCAUUCACCGUGAGGUGUGUGACAAUUAUAAUCUGUUCUACAGUGAAGGUGCUUAGAUGCACAUCUGUGGGGAGGGAGUUUCCCGAUCUAGGGGCUACCACAGAGAAAGCCCUGUCCCAGGCUGUCAUUCCCCAUACCUCUUAGGGUCCCCUCUGCAGAGCUUAACACCUGAGAGGGUCUGUAGGGGAAAAGGGGGUCUUUUAGACAUCAGGGGCCUCAAUCCUUGGGGGACAAUUAUGCUUUGUGGUCUUCUGGAUGAGGCUGGACUCAAACUCCCAUCAACCCCAGGAGGUCACAUGACCAGUCUGGUGGUGGGGCUGGCCCCAGAUGACAGGUGAGGGAGAGCAGGAGCUGAAGUACAAUGGACCGUUGCUCAGGGAUCUCCAAUGAAAUGGCCUUGGAAAGCAGGGGGCAGGAAGGACCUUCCCAGUCUCAUAUCUGGGCCAGAGCCAGUAAAGUGAUCUAGACCAGAGUUUCCCAAACCUUUUCAGGCCAUCACAAUAAAAUUCAAAACAAUGAAUUGCACAUUUAUUCAAAAUCCAAUUAAAGCUAUUUAGUUUAACUAAUACAACAAAACGAAUGGACCUGAUCUAGUGAUGCCAGCUUUUAAAAGUUUAAUUUACACUGGGUCAGAAAUGAUAAUAACCAGCUUCCCCGGUUGAUCUUGCACAGAUAUCCGCACUGAUUUUUAACUACAGUUCCUAGGAUAUCUUGAAGGAAAGACAUCAUCAACGUUAGAGUGGUAUAGAACAGUUUGUAAAAAGAGCUGUCCAGAGCCCUCCCAGCCCAGUUCAGCUUUCAAGUCCAGAUUUUGUGGAGGUGGUGAGUGCUUCAGAGGUGAUCCCACAUUGCUAAGAAUACCAUCUUUUCUUUUGCAGUCCAGCUGAAGGACAGCUUUGAAUCCAACACGUUCUUCUUCCUGGUGUUUGACCUGUAAGUACUGGUGUUUUUUUAACCAACGCAUCAUACUGAAAGAGCGAGAUUUUGCCAUGGGCAUCCAGGUUGAGGCUUACAAACAAUAUAAUGUUUGGAAAUGGUUUGGGGAGCAUUUCAGCUAGUGAAAAAUGCAGCUACUCGCCUGCAUACAGGCUCGAGUCACCAUAUUAGUGGGUCACCUGUUUUGAAAUCUAAGAAGAUCCCUGCUGGAUCAGAGCAAAGGUUCAUUAAGCCAAGCCUCUUGCUUCUCGCAAUGGUCAACGAUAAACGUUCCCAUGGCAUGAAGGGAGCAGCUGUUCGUCUCUCCGCCUCUCUGUUGUGGGGCUGGCUCAGAUUUCCCCAUAACCUUUGCUAAGGUCUCUGCUGCUGUCACAGAUCCUUGGGGGUCUAUUUUUAGCCGCCCCGCACUUGUGUAAUAGCUGGUGUGGUGGCUGCUUUAACCGGAGUUUUUCCUGCACAAACAUUCUUGAUACAUUUUUAAUGCACUCUGAGUAAGCAAAUUCUCCUAACAUCCUUUUCAGACACACUUUUUCUUACUUCUCUUCACAUAUCUAUUAUCUGUCAAAGCAUAUACCAUAAUUCAUUCAUAAUGAUACAGUCAUUAGAAUUUAUCCAAAUGUAUCUUCUGGAAGAAAUUCUGAUUCCCAUGAGUGCUUUAAAUAUGUAUCCUGACCUGUGGAAUUCUUCUUGGUCCGUCUCCUGGCUGAGAUCUUACUAGGCCAUAUCCCCAUUUCUGACCAAGCUUAUCUUUUGAACCAUGAGGACUACAGGCUUAAAAAAAACCACCCCAAAACCCUGCGAUUUGGAGUUGUAUACAGUUGAAGUAUACAUUGGAAGUUUUAGGAGUGCUGUUCGAUCUGUAAAAAGGGAAAGAGGAGUUGUGAAGCCUUCAACCUUCCCCACAUCAGCUAAUGCCCUUUGCUUCUUAUUUAGCUUAUUUUUGAUGUAAUUUUGUAUCCCCUCCCUCAACUUAGAAUGAAGAGAGGGGAGCUUUUUGAUUACCUCACAGAGAAGGUGACCUUAAGUGAGAAGGAAACCAGGUAAGCCAUUUCAGCCCUCUCUGUUUCAACUACCCUACAGAGCCAAAAUAGGGGUGAUAAUACUGGCCUACCACACAGGGCUGUUGUGAGGCUUGAUUAGAGUUGUCAACCUAUCCCCCUGCCUCUGCACCCCAGGUCUGGUUUUUUGCUCGCACCAGAGCAUGGCAAAAUAUUGGGAGUUGGGUUUUCUAGAGACACGAACCGCUGUAAUAAGAAGUCUGGGUCUGAGCCUGAGAGAGAGAACAGAUUUGCUCUGAAUACAAGUGUCCUGUGAAUUAAUCUUUGGACAGGAUUGAUUAGAAAGGGUUGUUCCCUGGAAUGCCAGGAUCUCUGUGUUAUCACCAACAACUGUGGGUGGGGGCUGCUUCCCUGCUCACAUUGCUUGCCAACUCCCACCCAACUCCCCCAUCUCCUCAGAGCAUCUCAUGUCCCUCCAUCCUUACUUUAUUCAAAUCUCUCCUGUUGUUGAAAGCCACCAUUUUAAAACCUGCCUUCUCUUUUUGCUCCCCACCUCGACUUCAUGCAAAUCUAGCACUACAAAUCCUCCUAUGGGGCUGUGUGGUGACAGCCUUAUAUUUCUAUUUCUGUGUUAUAAUUAUACAAUUGUAAAAAAAAAUUGAUAAAAAGACAAGAGAAGUAUACUACAAUAGCAACUUUAUCUGUUUCUCCUUAUCAAUUUAGGGUGCAUUUCAUUUCCCUCUAGCCUCACUUUUUGUAGCCUGUGUAUAUAUAUUUAUUUAAUUUAUUUCAUAAAAUUUAUACGCCACUUGGUUGUACAAAAAACAAACAAACCUCAGAGCGAUUUGCAAAAAUAGAUAAAACAAUAAAAUUACCAAUAAGAAGAAUUAACAAUAAUUUAAGACUUUUGAAAAGGUAAAAUAACAAUGGACUAAAAACAGAUUAAAACUCGUGCCAGCUUUCUGAACAAAUUAGGGUUAUCUAAUCAAUGUUUUAAGAAGGUGCAUAAAAAGAGUACAUUGAAGGCACCUGCCUGAUGUUAAUAGGUAGGGAGUUCCAAAUUGUUGGUGCUGCCACACUAAAAUAUUGAAUUGUUUAUGUUUCUCUUUCUCUCUAGGUUAGGCAAUGUGGUGCCCUCCAGAUGUUGCUGGACUUCAUCAGGCCCAGCCAGUAUGGCCAAUGGUCAGGGAUGAUGGGAGAUUCCAGCAACAUCUGGAGGGUACCGGACAGGAUCCCCUGAUCUAUCCAUCCAUGCAUCUACAUACUUCCAGCAAAGCAAUAAAGAACAGGGGUGCCCAUCUUCUCCUUUGGAUGGUUUCCUUUUGCUAAGAAGCGUCCGCUCUCUCUCCUUGCAGGAAGAUCAUGCGUGCUCUCCUGGAAGUCAUCCAGUAUCUCCACAGCAUGAACAUUGUCCACAGGGAUCUCAAGCCAGAGAACAUCCUUCUGGACGAUGACAUGAACAUCAAACUGACCGACUUUGGCUUCUCCUGUCAGCUGCACAGAGACGAAAAGCUCAAAGGUGACAUGGCGGGCUUAUGGCAAAGAUAAGAAAUUGUGGGGUGCUGAUGGUGGAGACUGCAUUCUAACCCUUGCCCCCUAAAAAAAAAAGUAGGAACUUAGGAAGCUGCUCCAUAUCAGGAGUGGGAACCUUUUUCAACCCAAGGGCCACAUUCCCUUACAGGAAAACCACCAGGGGGCCACUGGCUGGAGUGGGUGGGACCAGAGGCAAAAAGCAGGUGGAGCAAAAAGUGGGUGGAGCAAGUGGGUGGGACUCUUACCUUGGUACAAUAUGGAAACUUAAACACACACACACAUUCACCAUUGUACCCAAGCAAGCAAAAGGUUUUAUAUUAUUAUUUGAUUUGUUAACAAAAAUAAAGUGCAAACGUGACAGACAGAAAGAAAACAAAGAAUAGAAACUGUAAAUUCUAAAGUGUCACAGCUUGGAAAGAGAAAAGUUCAAAGUUAUGGCACAGCUCCUAAGGGAGGCCAGAGAACUCUGAGGGAAAUUGCUGCAUGUUUGUUUUAUUCAUCUUGUGUCCAGAAUGGGAACAAAUCCAACAAACAUUAUUGGUGUUCCCUGUUGCUGUUUUCUGCCCCCAAACCAUGUAUUGUUGAUGAAUUUCCCGCUAAUUUGCAUUGUGUUCCUUUGCCCUGAAAUGAAUGGUGUGAAAUUAGGUAAAAUUUUGCCAUUGCUAAGAGAUGAAUAAUGUAGUUUUUGCCAGAAGGUGAACUGCAGUAGAAGGGAAACAGUGUUGCAUGCUGUGUAGAGAGCGGAGCAGAAAUAAAUUCCUUCCUACAGCCUUAGUUCUAAGAAACGCUUUCUGCUCCAAGGCCAGAAGUUCCCCAUCCCUGCUCUAUACUGAGUCCAUCUAGUUUAGUACUGUGAGCACUGGCCAGCCAGGGUUUCAGACAGGGGUCUUUUCCAAACACUUACCUAGAGGUGCUGUAGAUUGAGCCUGGAAAACCUCACUGUGCAAACCAUGAGUCAAAGCCCUUCCCCAUUUUACAAGCCCAGAAUCAUACAGUCCUGCAGCAUCUGUCUAGACAAAAAAUCCUGAAACUGGCAUGUUUCCCACACGCAUCCGGUUGGCCACUGUGAGAACAGGAUGCUGAACUAGAUAGGUCUUGCCCCGAUCCAACAGGCUGUUCUUAGGUUCUUAACUUGCUUUGAGCCAAUGGGUUUAGCAGGAUUUUAAUAAUAAUUAAUACUAACUGAUAUUACUUUUAACAAGUAUUUAGCUUUUUAUUCCUUUUCUUUGCAGAGAUCUGUGGAACUCCUGGCUACUUGGCUCCCGAAAUACUAGAAUGUUCCAUGGAUCCAGACCAUCCAGGUUAUGGGAAGGAAGUUGACAUGUAAGCAGAACCAAUAUAUCAACAUGGGGUGGGGGAGCAGACUUACCUAAAAGAUCACAAACCCCUCGAGGAACCUACCUGGGUGCUCAGGUACUCAGGGAAGCACCUUCUCUUGAUCCCAUCAGCAUCAGAAGCACAGCUGGUGGUGACCCAUGAGAGAGAGCCUUCUCCGUGGCUGCUCCCAGAUUGCAGCAUUCCCUCCCCAAAGAGGCCAGACUGGCUCCCUCCUUGUUAUCCACCCACCGGCACACUAUUGGAAUUACCCAACACUUCUGUCUUCAUCCAUCCUUCAUUCUGUGUGACUCUCGGUGCGCGUUGCAUCUGCUUUACAUUAUGCACGGCUCAGGCGCAGAUGCAUUUAAUUAUGGGGGUGGGAUUGCUUGUUUCAGGUGGAGCACCGGGGUCAUCAUGUACACCUUGCUGGCAGGAUCCCCUCCAUUCUGGCACCGGAAGCAGAUGCUGAUGCUGAGGAUGAUCAUGAACGGGGACUACAAGUUCGGCUCCCCGGAGUGGGACGAUCAGUCGGACACCGUCAAGGACCUGGUGGGUGGUGUUUCAAGAGGGAGGGCAGAAGGGCCAUAGCUCCGUGGCAGAGCAUCUGCUUGGCAUGCACAAGGCCCCAGCUUCAACCCACACUAUCUCCAGGUAGGGCCCCUCUACCUGGAGAGCUGCAGCCAUUCAGCGUAGACCAGGCUUCCUCAACCUCGGCCCUCCAGAUGUUUCUGGCCUACAACUCCCAUGAUCCCUAGCUAGCUGGACCAGUGGUCAGGGAUGAUGGGAAUUGUAGUCUCAAAACAUCUGGAGGGCCAAGGUUGAGGAAGCCUGGUGCAGACGAUAGUGAGCAAGGUGGACCCAAUGGCCUGGCUGCAUAUAAGGCAGCUUCCUAAGUUUCUGUGAACAACAGAUUUAAAGUAUAAUAUUUUGUUGUUUAAGCAGAAGGGGCUGUAGCUCAGUGGUGGGGCAUAUUUGUUGCAUGCAGAAAGUUUCAGGUUCAUCUCCAUAGGGUGGGGAACGCCCCCCUUCUGAAACCCAAAGAGCCACUGCCAGUCAGUGUAGACAAUACUGAGCUAGAUGCAGGGACAGACUUUGGUAACAUGGUGUCCUGAGCAAGGAAAACAUUUGGUGGCCCCUUGUCCAUAUAUUUCUUAUUUUCACAAUAAUUCCUUUUUGUACUUGGGAGUAGGUACUUAUAUUAUUAGCCCCCUUGGCUUGGUGCCCCAUGUGGGGGAACCGCCCACACCACCCUAUAUCUGGCGCUGCUAGAUGGCCUGACUGUAUAAGCAGCUUCCUAUUUAAAUUGGCCCUUUGUUUAGAAUCAAGAGGACGAGAAUCUUCCUUUAUUUUCAGUAUAGGUAGCUUCCUAUAUUCACUUACCAGGUCUCCUGACUCUCAGGAAGAAAAGACAACUGAAAGAACAGAGGUCAGAACAAUUACAAACAGGGUGCAGAAACUGAAUUGAGUUUUUUUUCCCCUUCCACACUCAUAAUGCCAGACCUUUAACUACACCACCUGAAUUUUCUGGGGUGCAAUUGAAUCCCCCUUGAAAACAGAGACAGUCUGAAAGGGUCCACUGUCUCUAAAACUCAUGGGUGACCCCUCAUUCAAGGCCUGAACAAUUUAUCAUCAGGCAAGCAAAAGAAGAGAAGAGAAUUUGAUUGCUAGGUAUGUGCCAGGCCAUGAUCUGCGGCUAGUGAGCUCUGACUGGCGCAGGGCAGAUGGCAAACUGUCCGGGCCCCAGUUUGUGCUUUAGCAGCCCCUGAAGCCUUCCUGCGGCCCAACCCCAGCUCUUCUUCUUCUGCGUACAGAUCGCCCACUUCUUGGUGGUGAAGCCGCAACACCGCUACACCGUGGAAGACGCCCUCGCCCACCCCUUCUUCCAGCAGUAUGUCGUGGAGGAGGUCCGACACUUCAGCCCCUUCCGGAAAUUCAGGGUAAGGGAGUUAGCCAGGUCCUGCUGGGGGGCUCACCUGGCCCAGUGUCUGACUCCCAGAUGUUGCCUUUCACCGUAGAAUUGCAGUCCUUUCCCCCUUCUUUAGCUGUGAUUAUUGCAUUGCUGGGGGUUGAAUAUGACCCUUGGGAUCCUUUCCAACACUAAAAUUUUAUGACAUGGCCUGCUGUGCACUGGAUGCUCCUCCUUGUACUUUUUAUCACUUAACUCUCAUUUCCCCAGGCAUCAUAAAGCUGUGCUGGCUGAGGCUGAUGGGAGUUGAGAGUCCAAAACAGCUGGUGACUGCAGCUUGGGGAAGACUGGUCUAAACCUAGUACAGAUGUCCUCUGUAGAAGCUGGGCCUGACAUAAACAGGUUUCCCCCUCCCAAAAGUCAAUUAUUGACGCUGAAGAUCAUUUCAAAGCAGUUAAAUUGAUAUAGAUUCCUCAGUCAAAAGACAGGCGAUGAGUCAAUGAAAUGCUCCCUAAACAUAAGGGACUGCUGGAUGAGGCCAACAGCCCAGCUAGUCCAGCAUCCUGCUCUCAGUGGCCAAUCCAGGUGCCGCUUCUGGGAAACCCACAAGAAGGAUCCAAGCACAAGAGCAUACUACCCUCCUUCCAGAAAUUGGUAUUCAGAAGCAUUGCUGCCUCUGACUGUGGAGGCAGAGCAUAGCCAUCGUGGCUAGUAGUCAUCAAUAGCUCUCUCCUCCGCCAUGAAUUUGUCUAAUCCUCUUAGGUAAAGGUGAAGGGACCCCUGACCAUUAGGUCCAGUCGUGGCUGACUCUGGGGUUGCGGUGCUCAUCUCGCUUUAUUGGCCGAGGGAGCCGGCGUACAACUUCCGGGUCACGUGGCCAGCAUGACUAAGCUGCUUCUGGCGAACCAGAGCAGCGCACAGAAACGCUGUUUACCUUCCUGCCGGAGCGGUACCUAUUUAUCUACUUGCACUUUGACGUGCUUUCGAACUGCUAGGUUGGCAGGAGCAGGGACUGAGCAACGGGAGCUCACCCCGUCGCGGGGAUUCGAACCGCCAACCUUCUGAUCGGCAAGUCCUAGGCUCUGUGGUUUAACCCACAGCGCCACCCGCGUCCCGAAUCCUCUUUUAAAGCCAUCCAAUUUGGUGGCCGUCACUGCCUCCUGCAGAAGUGAGUUCCGCAGUUUAACUAUGUGCUGUCCUUUCAUUUUAUCAGCCUGCAGCCCUUGUCACUGAGUUUCUAAACAUGUUCCAUCUCCUUCUCCAGGUCAUCUGCUUGACUGUCCUGGCAUCGGUCCGCAUCUACCUCAACUACCGCAACGUCAAGCCCAUCACCAGGGACGUGCUGCAGCGGGACCCCUACAGCCUGAAGCCUGUCCGCAAACUGAUCGACGCUUGCGCCUUCCGGAUCUAUGGGCACUGGGUGAAGAAGGGUGAAGCCCAGAACCGGGCUGCUCUCUUUGAAAACACUCCCAAGGCUGUUCUGUUCAGCUUGGCAGCCGAGGAAGAGUUGUUCUGA